AUGUCGUCUAAUAGAGAGAGAAUAGAGCCAGUAAGAGGUGCUACUUUACCGGCAUCCACGACUCCUGAGCAGAGAUACUGGAGAGGGUUUACAAACUCGCAGUUAGUUAAGGAGCAUAAUGCAGUUACGCACAUUGAUUUCGAUCACAAUAAACCGCACGAUUUUGCAGUGACAUCAUCCACCAGGGUUCAGAUAUUUAGCUCAAAGACGAGAAAGGUGAUUAAGAGUUUUACGCGAUUCAAGGACACUGUCUAUUCUGGAGAGUUUCGACAGGACGGCAAGCUUUUAGUGGCUGGAGACGGGAGUGGACUAGUUCAAAUCUACGAUGCUCAUCAUCCGAGGACUCUCCUUGUGACAAUAAGACCGUCAUCACAUCCAACGCAUGUGACGAAGUUCCAUCCAUCGAUCUCCACUCAACUUCUCACGUGUUCGGAUGACCGUGUGGCACGAUUGUACGAUAUCUCGGACACUCAAAAGCCACUUGCAAGUUUUGGAGAUCACCAGGAUUACGUGAGAAGCGGAUUAAUUGUACCAGGCUCCGGACUUGUAGUCACAGGGUGCUAUGAUAACGUUGUUCGUGUAUUUGAUCCACGGAGCAGCUCCACCAAUGCUAUAAUCAGCUUUAAUCAGCAGGCACCUGUGGAAGAGGUGCUUUCACUUAAUCCUACCACGUUGGUUUCUUGUGGAGACAACGGAAUUAGGUGUUGGGAUUUGGCGGCAGGUAAGUGUAUUCAAAGCUUAAACAACUUCACCAAGACAGUAACAUGCCUGUGUGACGCUGGAGAGAGAGGAAUAUUGGCCGGAUCUAUGGAUGGUCACGUGAAAGUAUUUGAUAAGACGAGUAUUAACUGGGAGGUGAAGUUUGGGUGGAAGUUCGGUUCGGGAGUGUUGAGUUGUGGUGUUUCUCCUAGUCAUAAGCAUCUCGUUGUAGGACUUAAUAGUGGCUUACUUACGAUCAGGACUAGAAAGACGGAGCCAAAGGUGAAGCAAGGUGUUAAACUACCCAAGAGUCACGCCUUUUCUAGGAUGAUAAGGGGAGCAGAGUAUCACGGUGAAUCCGAGCAUCAUAUAUUAGACGAUAAGGCAUCCAGUGGAUCCAAUGGCAAGAAAUUGAAGCAAUUCGAGAAGGAUUUGAAUGGCUUUAGAUGGGGUGAUGCAUUAGAUCAUGCUUUAUUGUCAGGAAUAUCCAGGGAUCUUACAGUGACAUGCCUGGAGGAGUUAAAAAAACGUGGUAAAGUUCAUAUGGCAUUAUCAGGACGUAAUGAAACUAAUUUGGAACCUCUUCUUACGUGGUGUUAUAAGACGAUUGAUGAUCCAAGAGACGUUAACAUCAUAGCAGACUAUUUGGCUUGUAUUAUGGAGAUGUACAGUGAUUUGAUUGAGAGACAACCCGUUAUAGAGGAGUUGGUUUGGAAUAUCCAGAAGAAGUUGGGUCAAGAGAUAAAGAAGUGUGAAGAAGCACUGCAGAUUACAGGAAUGCUCGAAUUGUUGAGCGCAUAA